AUGCAGCUGGAGCAUUGUCUUUCUCCCUCUAUCAUGCUCUCCAAGAAAUUUCUCAAUGUGAGCAGCAGUUACCCACAUGCAGGCGGAUCUGAGCUUGCCUUGCAUGAUCAUCCCAUUAUCUCGACCACUGACAACCUGGAGAGAAGUUCACCUUUGAAAAAAAUUACCAGGGGGAUGACGAAUCAGUCAGAUACAGACAAUUUUCCUGACUCCAAGGACACACCAGGGGACGUCCAGAGAAAUAAACUCUCUCCCGUCUUGGACGGGGUCUCUGAGCUUCGUCACAGUUUCGAUGGAUCUGCUGCAGAUCGCUAUCUGCUCUCUCAGUCCAGCCAGCCCCAGUCUGCUGCCUCUGCUCCUAGUACCAUGUUCCCUUACCCCGGCCAGCAUGGACCUGCUCACCCAGCCUUCUCCAUCGCCAGCCCCAGCCGCUACAUGGCUCACCAUCCUGUGAUCACCAACGGAGCUUAUAACAGCCUCCUGUCCAACUCUUCGCCGCAAGGCUACCCCACGGCGGGCUACCCUUACCCCCAGCAGUACGGCCAUUCCUACCAAGGGGCGCCUUUCUACCAGUUCUCCUCCACCCAGCCGGGGCUCGUCCCCGGCAAGGCUCAGGUCUACCUGUGCAACAGGCCGCUCUGGCUGAAAUUCCACCGGCACCAGACGGAGAUGAUCAUCACGAAGCAGGGGAGGCGCAUGUUCCCUUUCCUAAGUUUUAAUAUUUCUGGUCUCGAUCCCACGGCUCACUACAAUAUUUUUGUGGAUGUAAUUUUGGCGGAUCCCAACCACUGGAGAUUUCAGGGAGGCAAAUGGGUUCCUUGCGGCAAGGCGGACACCAAUGUACAAGGAAACCGGGUGUACAUGCACCCCGACUCCCCCAACACGGGAGCCCACUGGAUGCGCCAGGAAAUCUCCUUUGGGAAACUAAAACUUACAAACAAUAAAGGAGCAUCAAACAACAACGGGCAGAUGGUGGUUCUGCAGUCCCUCCACAAGUACCAGCCCCGCCUGCAUGUGGUGGAGGUGAACGAAGACGGGACGGAGGACACCAACCAGCCGGGCAGAGUGCAGACCUUCACCUUCCCCGAGACCCAGUUCAUAGCGGUCACCGCCUACCAGAACACCGAUAUCACACAGCUGAAAAUAGACCACAACCCUUUCGCCAAGGGCUUCCGAGAUAAUUACGACACGAUCUACACGGGCUGCGACAUGGACCGGCUGACGCCGUCCCCCAACGACUCGCCCCGCUCGCAGAUCGUGCCCGGGGCCCGCUACGCCAUGGCCGGCUCCUUCCUCCAGGACCAGUUCGUGAGUAACUACGCCAAGUCCCGCUUCCACCCCGGGGCAGGAGCCGGCCCGGGGCCCGGCGCCGACCGCAGCGUGCCCCACACCAACGGGCUGCUCUCCCCACAGCAAGCCGAGGACCCGGGGGCCCCGUCGCCGCAGCGCUGGUUCGUCGCCCCCGCCAACAACCGCCUCGACUUCGCCGCCUCCGCCUACGACACGGCCACCGACUUCGCCGGCAACGCGGCCACGCUGCUUUCCUACGCGGCGGCCGGCGUCAAGGCGCUGCCGCUGCAGGCGGCCGGCUGCGCGGGGCGGCCGCUGGGCUACUACGCCGACCCAUCGGGCUGGGGGGCGCGCAGCCCCCCGCAGUACUGCAGCAAGUCGGGCUCGGUGCUCUCCUGCUGGCCCAACAGCGCGGCGGCGGCGCGCAUGGCCGCCGGCAACCCCUACCUGGGGGAGGAGGCGGAGAGCCUGGCCCCCGAGCGGUCCCCCUUGCCGGGCGCCGAGGACUCCAAGCCCAAAGAUUUGUCCGACUCCAGCUGGAUCGAGACGCCGUCGUCCAUUAAGUCCAUCGACUCCACCGAUUCUGGGAUUUACGAGCAGGCCAAAAGGCGGCGGAUCUCCCCGUCGGACACCCCGGUGUCCGAGAGCUCCUCGCCCCUCAAGAGCGAGGUGCUCACCCAGCGGGACUGCGAAAAGACCUGCGCCAAGGACAUCGGCUACUACGGCUUCUACUCGCACAGCUAG